GCCAAUGACGAACGCAGCUUCACUUACUGGCCUGAUGUGCCGAAUACUGCUGCUUAGUAGCGUUGCCUAUCAGGAUACAAACCAGGUCACCUUAGAAUUUAGCACGCCGCGCUUUCUCGCUCCGCCUUCUUUCAUGUUUUGCUUCACUAGCACAAAUUACAACUUGACGCGAGGGGACAUUAACGUGCUUAGCCUGUUGGAGGGUGGCGAUAUCUUUAACACGAACGAAGAGCUGGUCUCAAGGCCGCCCUUUGAGCGCUCGACGUUCUUUCGUGGCACCUCCGACCUGGACGCGCUCGAGGUGUCCACCGUGUAUGAGGUGCUGGGCACGGACGGGUUCUACUCACAGAGCUACAAGCUGCAGCGGUAUGACGACCUCAUACGCGACCAGAGCGGCACCCCCAUCCGUGGCGUGGCGGACUUCCCGCCCAACCCAGAGGACAGCGAGGCGGGCAUGUACUGGCAGCAGUACGGCAACUGCUUCACGCUCACAGGCCUAUGGAAACAAGACACACGCUACCAGAUGACCGUGGCGGUGCGCAACCCGCCCCCGCCGCCGCCAGAGGCAGUGCCGCUGCCCCCUCCUCCACCACGACCCUCGCCACCACCUGCACCGCGCGGCACGCUCAACGGCACAGCGCCGCCGCCCUCCGGCUCCGCCUCGUCCACCCCCUCACCGCCCUCGCCGGCACCCUCGCCCCGCACGGCGUCGCCGCCCCACCCGCCCGCGCCGCCGCCCAGCCCUGCCUUCAUGCUCGUGUCCAACAAUGCCACGCCCAUCAUCUGGGCAGUGCCGCUCACCACCAGCAUCGACGUGUACAAACAGAACGGCGUGACGGUCGAGAGUCUGAUGUUCAGUGUGCGGGGGGACAAGUACGCCGCGGCGUGCCCACUCAGGUCCGAGAUCGUCCCGGUCGUGGGGUCCAUGUUUGACGCGUGCGAGGAGUCGCGCAAGUACGGGCUGGGGCCGCCAGCCGGCACCACCACCACCGUGCAGGACUGCCUGUACCGGCUGCGCCUCGUCUCCGGCCAGCCGCAGAACCAGGGCGUGCUGCCCUUCACCGCGCCGCCGCUCGCGUCGUACAACCUAGCCUCCUGGCGCGCCACCAGCUGCCCCGCACCGGGCCAGGUGCUGGGGCCGCGCUUUGGCGGCGAGUGCGUGUCGUGUGGGCCGAACGGCGUCAGAGCGAACAACACGUGCGUGUGUCCGCCCAACGUCCUGCCCAACAAGGUGGGCAACACCGCCUGCGGCGAUCUGGUGUCGCCUGACGGCGCCGCCAACCUCACCUCCCUGCCCAACUGGCUGUGCACCCACUUCAGCCAGGCGCAGGAGCAGUGGCGAGAGAAAACGCUCUUGGCCCAGAACGUGGCCAAGCUGUACUCCGAGGCUUUCCUGAAGCUGGCGAGCCCCCUGCUGGACCUCACCAACCUGCAACAGGCCUACAAUGCAUUCAACGCCACACUCAUUUUUGACAACCGCCGCCCGGACUCGCCCACACGCCGCCAAGGCAUCAAGCCCAACUGCAACAAGUGUGUUGAUGGCCAGUUCAAAAACACCAUCAACCUAAACCAGAAGGUGCCGGUGUUCGACUGGAGCUUUGACGCGAUGAACACCUUUCGCUUCAUUGGCUACGCGCUUGACCAGGUGCUGGGCUACCCCUGCCCAGCGCUGUGGGACGCGGCCGACCCGCUGCAGUGGAAGUACGGCUACUACGACCAGGUCAUCUGCGUGGACAUGCCGCAGGGUACCUGCUGCGGAGCAAACUUCGAGGGCGAACCUGACUUCAAGGGCACUGGGGACUACGUGCUGUAGUUGUGUAGGUUGCAGGGGCGGGGAGAACGAAGAGAGGUGGUGUAGAUGCGGCGCGGGAGGGGCUGCUGGGUAUGUUGCGCCGCGCGGUAUGUUGCCCCGAACACGAGGACGGGAGGAAGCACGAGAGGACAGAGAGAUGCUCGCACUUUUUGCAGGAUGAAGGCGGGGAGGCUAUUUGCGGGACACACAUGGGGUUGAGAUGCCGGGUUGGCGUGUUGGCGGGAUCGGGCCUAGAGAACAGAAUGAAUGA